AUGCCCGCGUACGACAAAGAGCAGCAGGCUGUCGACCACACGGAGCUGGGGCACGACUUUGACCUCGACGCUCCCCUCGACGACGAGGACCGCAAAGCCGAGCGCCGCAUUCUUUUGAAGCUUGAUGCUCUGAUCCUCCCUCUCACUGCUCUGCUAUACCUUUCAGCCUUCCUCGACCGUGGCAAUGCCGGAAACGCAAAGCUCCAAGGCCUCCUCGGCAUCCUUGGCGAGAAUGCCGACCACAAGUUCAGCAUCAUCUUGUCCAUGUUCUAUGUCACCUAUAUUACCUUCAACAUCCCCGGUAACAUCCUCGGUUCUGUGAUCCCACCAAACUGGGCCCUCGCACUCGGAGCUCUCAUCUGGGGAAUCGCGUCCUCUGCGCAAGCCGGUGCAACCAACUUUGCCGGGGUCGUCGUCUGCCGUCUGUUCAUUGGCCUUGGCGAGGCCGGUUUUGGCGCUGCCGUACCACUCUACUAUGGUCUGUGGUACCGACGUGAGGAGAUUGCUGUCCGCAUCUCGCUGUACUGCGGUGCGGGAUCGCUGGCUGGCGCUUUUGGCGGGUUGAUCGCAUAUGGCGUGAGCUUUAUCCAGUCGCCCAUCGCCACCUGGCGCAUCCUGUUCAUGAUUGAGGGUCUGCCCACGAUCCUCCUCGCCGUGGUCAUCUUCGUCUUCCUGCCGAGCACGCCGGAAAAGUCGCGAUUCAUCACGGAAACGGAGCGUGCGGUCAUCAAACGCCGCCUGUACGACCGCGGUGUGUCGCAUAUGCACACUUUUGACCGCUCGGCCUUCCCGCGCGUGUUCAAAACCCACACGACCUACCUCAACGGGCUCAUCUACCUUGGUCUCAACCUCAGUCUCGGCUCCGUGUCGGGUUUCUUGCCGACCAUCGUCAAGUCGUUUGGCUACACAAACUCGCGCGCGCAGCUGUUCACCGUCCCGCCUUAUGCUGUCGCCUUUGUCGGAACGAUCCUGUGCUCGUACCUGUCCGACCGCGUGCGCUCGCGUGGACCGUUUGUGAUCACCUUGAUGCUCCUCAGCGCCAUCGGGUUUGCCAUUCUCCUCGGUGUUCCGCAUAACAACAGCGCGCGCUACUUUGCCACCUUUUUGGUUGUACUGGGUGCCUUUUCCAACAUUCCGCUCAUGCUCUCGUGGGCUGCCAACACGGCCGGAAGCCACUCGGCAGCGGCCGUCCGUCUUGGCUUUAUGAACUCGGUUGGCCAGUGCUUCUCCAUUCUCGCGUCGUUCAUCUUCCCUGCGGCAGAGGCACCACACUGGUACAAGGGCUUCGCCCUCAACUUGACCUUCAAUGUGGUGGCCGCUCUGACUGCCAUUUACCUGACCAUCUACUACCGUCGAGAGAACGCCAAGCGCGAUGCCAGCGAGGCCGAGGUCGCCGAGGCUGUCCACGAGGAGGAGCACGAGAAGGGCGGCGGGGCCGGCCAAGUCGAGGUGCCACCCAACCUCCACGACCUGGCUCCUGGGUUCCGUUACUUUACCUAG